AGGCCGCUAGCAACACCCAGCGCCAGCCCGUCCGUUGUCUGCCGUAGCCCAGUCUUCCGCCAACUUCAUCAACAACAGAACCUGCCGAGCACCAACCAUCACCGACAACUCUCUCGGACGUCACCACUACUCCACCUGCGCACAUUCGGCAUCGCUUUCUUCAAGUUGUCGCGCUUCGUCGACUCCUCCAGCUCACAUUGUUUUGAUUUGCUUUCCUCCUCCUCUCACCCUCUUCCUCUGCCUCUCCCGCCCCCCCCCCCCGAGACGCUCACCACCGCCGCCAAGUACCGUCCUAGUUUAGCCUCCCUCCCAUCAUGGCCACCAGGAAGAAGGUCCUCCUCAAGGUGAUUAUUCUUGGCGACAGCGGUGUCGGCAAGACGAGCUUGAUGAACCAAUAUGUCAACAAGAAGUUCAGCGCUAGCUAUAAAGCCACCAUCGGUGCCGAUUUCCUAACCCGCGAGGUUUUGGUUGACGACCGACAAGUUACGAUGCAGCUUUGGGAUACCGCUGGCCAGGAGCGAUUCCAGUCCUUGGGCGUUGCCUUCUACCGGGGUGCCGAUUGCUGCGUACUAGUCUUCGAUGUCAACAACUCUAAGAGCUUCGACGCGCUAGAUAGCUGGAGAGAUGAGUUCCUGAUCCAAGCGUCCCCGCGCGAUCCUGAGAACUUUCCCUUCGUGGUGCUCGGCAACAAGAUUGAUGUCGAGGAGAGCAAGAGAGUGAUCUCGAGCAAGCGGGCAGCUACUUUCUGCCAGUCCAAGGGCGACAUCCCGUACUUCGAGACCAGUGCGAAGGAGGCGGUCAACGUCGAGCAAGCAUUCGAAGUGAUUGCCCGGAACGCGCUGGCGCAGGAGGAGUCGGAGGAGUUCAGUGGAGACUUCCAGGACCCGAUCAACAUCCACAUCGAGAACGACCGCGACGGCUGCGCAUGCUAAAAAUAGCCGCCGUACCUAUCCUGCCCGAAAGCCUCGCCUAUCCGCCCUUACGCCCGAGUUGAUCCCCCCCUCGGUAGCCUACGUGCAUCGCCUCGCGCUAUUUUGUGCCUGGCGUCUACCCCAUUGUAUCUACGGCUUGGAGAGGUUGGGGGUCUCGGCAACCCGUCGCAACUUCGGAGUCGCGGGGGCAUCUUGGAACGAGAUCGCGGGUGAGCGAAUUAAUGAGCGGGCGAGUGAGUGAGGGAGUACAUGUGGGGAGUUUGACGCAAUGGCAAUUUGCUUGACUGGUUUUGGUGCCGCUGGGCCGUACGGGAAGGUUGGUGGACGUAGGUAGUUGCGUGCCUCGGGCGUCUUGUCGAGGGCCCUAUGAAGGGGCAUUGUCUUAUCAAUACUGACUUCUUACUAUCUGCAUCUGUCCGGGGCUAGGUUGGGUUGGUGUUGCUCUACCAUCAUACAUAUGAUACCUUUAUCGUCUA